AUGCUAAGUGGUACCUGUACGCGGCUGGCCAUCGUGGCCGCCGUCUUCCUCGUCGCGGCAAUCUUCCUAGUUCCCCAGCUCCCCCACGUAGGCUACAACGUGCCCACUCAGCUUGGCCACAACACCCCAACGACCGACAGCGGCAAAGAUGUUUCGAACGGUGCCGGUAAGCCGAACGGCCCCGUCGGCGAUCAUGCCAACGAAGUGAUCACAUCUCUGGCUUCGAUUGCCACAUCGCAGAGCGUGGCAAACGCGGCCCCGAAGCCUACACCCGCCUCCACCAUAGGCGCGAAACCCGAUGCGAAGAAGACGGUCUCCAAGCUCGAAGCUGGUCAGUCGUUGUCGCCAUUCCGUCUCGCCUCACCAAAUGGUCGCUACGAACUCAGCCUCCUCGAGAGCGGUUCCCUUUCGCUCCUCGACACCAAGACAGAGAUCGAGCUAUUCACGUCUGAUACCGAGUACCACUGGCCCGUGUCAUGGCAGGUCGAGCUCACACAGGAGGGCGUGCUGAUGCUCUCCUGGGCCAAUGAGACUGCUGCUCCGUACGGCGCAACGCCGUGGAUCUCGAACCUCCUGCCCGAGUGCGCCUCUGUUGAGAGUGGCGAUGGGAAGCCUGUACUGGAGCUUUUGGACUCUGGGAAGCUGCAUAUUCGCGCUGGGAGCAAGACAACGUGCCUUCUUCACCGGGCCACAGACGAUAUGGGACGUCUCGCGAUCGUGUAUACCGGCUUUUUGCGCACCUAUCUGAAGACCUGCAAGGAGCAGAACAAUAAGCUCGUCAAGACGUGGACUGGAAGCGGCGGUGUCGACGUACACGUGUUCACGUACCUGGAAGAUGUCGUCCACGAUUCCGGUGACCCAGUGGACAAGGACAGCAUAACCAAGCACCUGAAGUCAUGCUUCGGAGACGCGCUCAAGACUGUGGAGAUUUUGAAAUUGGACAAUGUGAAGGAGAACGCUGUUGAUCCUCCGGAGGUGCUGGUGAAGGAGUGUGGCAACGACAAGCUCAACCACCAGCUCAGCCAGUGGAAGGCACUCUACCUCGCCAGCCUGCAGGUGCAGAGCUACAUGAUCAAGGAGGGCGUCUCUUACGACUACAUCUACAAGGGCCGCCUCGAUCUGCUGUACUGGGGCGACUCGCCUGCCCUCUCGUCACUCAAGGUACCCGAAAACGGUAUCUUGGCACCCCGCGUAACUCUGGAUUGGACCUGGUACGCCAUGCUCCACGACGGCGAGUUGCGCGCAGGCGUUACAGAUAUCACCGCCUUUGGGCGCCCCAAUGCCAUGUUUACCUACCUCGCGCUCUACCGCGAGUUCAUCCACAUGCGGACCCUGGAGAAGGAGGCGGCGAAGUGGAAGGGAUUUAAUACCAAGACCAGGGAGAAGAGGCCAGAGGGUCAGGAGGGCUGUACGCCUGAAGGUAUCUUGGCGUAUUGGCUGCGGAUCAAUGGAAUCGCUGUGAAGACGGACUGGCAGUUCAAGAUGGGUCUAUUGCGUGGAGACGGGAAGGUCAUUUUCACUUGCCCUGAGGGCAGAGGUUGGCUGUGCCCUGGUUUUAUUCCGCAGGUUCACGACGAUGGAACCCUCUUUUGA